AUGUGUGGCAUCUUCGCGUGCCACUGCCAUCCCGAUGUGCAAAAGUUCCGCCCCACGGCCAUUCGCAUGGGCAAGCAGGUCAAACACCGCGGCCCCGACUGGAGUGGAAACCACACCGCCAACAACACCAUCCUCGUCCACGAGCGUCUCUCCAUCGUCGGCAUCGACACUGGCUCCCAGCCAAUUCUCAGCGAAGAUGGCCAGAUCGCACUGGCAGUCAACGGCGAGAUCUACAACCACAAGAUCCUGAGGAAGCAGAUCAAGACCCCAUACCCUUUCAAGACACACUCCGAUUGCGAGGUCAUCAUUCCCUUGUAUCAGGAGCAUGGCAUCGAUGCGCCUAAGUUCUUGGACGGCAUGUUCAGUUGGGUAUUGCACGACAAGAAACAGGAUAGGUUGAUAGCAGCAAGAGAUCCUAUUGGAAUCACGACUUUCUACAUGGGAAAGUCAUCCUCAACACCAGGUUUGUACAAUCGAAGACUGGAGUGCCUUCACCCAGUAUGCGACCAGAUCGACGCCUUCCCGCCAGGCCACGUAUACGACAGCAAGACAGAUACGCUUACACGAUACUUCACACCCAAGUGGCUUGUCGAGCCCGAUAGCAUCCCCACGACCCCGCUUGACCUGAAACUGCUACGAGAAACUUUCGAGCGCUCCGUGAGGAAGAGACUGAUGGCUGAAGUGCCAUACGGCGUGUUGCUCUCAGGAGGACUGGAUAGCUCUCUCGUGGCCUCAAUUGCACAACGCGAGACUGUCCGCCUGCAGAAGGAAUAUGCUCGGCAACAAGCACUGAUUUCUGGCACAGCCAGCCCUACAAUCAACGGCGUAGCCAACGGUGCUGCACCACGACCAGAUGUAACUGAGGAGGAGCUCGCCGGAAUUGACGAGAACUACCACCUCAACUCCGUCCCCGUUCUCUCACAACUCAACAGCUUCUCGAUUGGUCUGCCUGGUGCGCCAGACACGAAGGCCGCUCAGGAGGUUGCCAAGUACCUGGGCACUCGGCAUCAUGCCUUCACCUUCACCAUCCAAGAAGGUCUGGAUGCUCUUUUCGACGUGAUCUUCCACCUCGAGACCUACGAUGUCACCACCAUUCGCGCAAGUACACCCAUGUUCCUCCUCUCGCGCAAGAUAAAGGCCAUGGGCGUGAAGAUGGUGCUGUCUGGUGAAGGCUCCGACGAGAUCUUCGGUGGCUAUCUCUACUUCCAUAACGCACCUGACAAGAACGAGUUCCACAAGGAGACCGUUCGACGUGUCAAGAACCUGCAUCUUGCCGAUUGUCUGCGAGCCAACAAGAGUACAUCGGCCUGGGGUGUAGAAGCUCGUGUGCCCUUCUUGGACAAGGAGUUCCUCGAGUUGUCAAUGAACAUCGACCCACAAGAAAAGAUGAUCACCAAGGACCGCAUUGAGAAGUACAUCCUCCGAAAGGCGUUCGAUACCGAAGGCGAGCCUGGUGCGAAACCAUAUCUCCCCAAGAACAUUCUCUGGAGACAGAAGGAGCAAUUCAGUGACGGCGUGGGCUACGGCUGGAUCGAUGGCCUCAAGGACGAGGCAAAGAAGAUGGUGACUGAUGAGCAAAUGGUGGAAGCCAACAUCCGCCAAGACAAGCCACAGUGGGGAGACGACAUCCCCGAUUCCAAGGAGGCUUACUGGUACCGCUGCAUGUUCGACGAGCACUUCCCGCCAUACUGCGCCGGCACCGUGCAACGAUGGACGCCGACGUGGAGCAAGCAGACGGAUCCCUCGGGUCGAGCCAUCGCCUCUCACGAACAAGCCUACAAGCCUGGUGAGGGCCAGUAG